UCCAAGCGUUGUGCGUAAGGUCCCAUUGAGAAGAAGAGCAGAAGAUGGCGAGUUCAAACAAUCCACGUAAAUUUAGCGAGAAAAUCGCUUUACAUAAUCAGAAACAGGCCGAAGAGACUGCGGCUUUCGAAGAGGUGAUGAAAGACCUAAACAUUACUAGAGCUGCACGGUUGCAGUUACAGAAGACCCAGUAUUUGCAACUAGGGCAGAAUCGUGGACAGUACUAUGGAGGCUCACUGCCCAAUGUCAAUCAGAUUGGAAAUAGCAACAUUGACCUGCCUUUUCAGAAUUCCACCUUGGACAGCAGUCGGUCGACCAGGCAUCACGGACUGGUAGACCGCGUUUACCGUGAUCGGAACCGAAUCACCUCCCCGAACCGCCGGCCCCUCUCUGUGGACAAACAUGGCCGCCAGAUUGACAGCUGCCCCUAUGGCUCAGUGUACCUCUCACCCCCACCGGAUACCAGUUGGAGGAGGACGAACUCCGACUCAGCCCUACACCAGAGUGCCAUGAACCCAGUGCCCCAGGACUCAUUUACAGGGGGUUCACAAGAGCUCCAGCCUAAACAAGUGCUGCUGCUUACAGUUCCUGGGACUGAGGAGUCUGAAUCACACGCAGACAAGGAUACACAGUGGGGUAACAAAAAGAAUGACUCAAGACCCAAGUCUUGUGAAGUCCCCGGGAUCAAUAUAUUUCCAUCACCUGAUCAGGAAGUGAACACGUCAUUGAUCCCGGCCACGCUCAACACAGGAGGCUCCCUGCCCGAUCUGACCAACAUCCAGUUCCCCCCACCACUGCCCACUCCGCUGGACCUGGGCGAAACUUUGGUGUUUCCGUCCCUUAGCACCUCCAACAGCACGGGCAACCUGACAACCAACCUCACCCUCCUAGGCAUCAGUGCUGCCAGCCACGGGAUCCCAACCACCGCUCAGCCUACCGUGACGGCCCAGCGCAGGCAGUCCACCCUGGUCCCCCUAACCCUAAACGCCAACCCACAGCAGUCACCGCAGCAGCUCUCCCCCACCCUAUCGCCCCCCCUCAACAUCCAGGCAAUGGCGAUGGACGCCUUGACUCUGGAGCAGCAGCUAUCCCAGUACGCCUUCUUUAGCCAGCUGACAGCGCAGUCCCAGGCCCAAGUGCUCAAUGACCUGCAGCAGCAAGCCCUGCCCCAGGGCAUCAGGCUAAUUACCCUGGCCACCACCACUGCCUCCACAGUCACCCAGUCCUCCCCAGUCAGCCAGAUCGCGACGACUGUCAACAUCAACUCGCACAUUCCAGUGGUGGGCAGUAUAUUUGGGGAUUCUUUCUACGACCAGCAGCUAGCAUCAAGGCAGACCAAUGCUCUCUCCCAUCAGCUCGAACAGUUCAAUAUGAUUGAGAACCCGAUCAGCUCCAAUAGCCUGUACAGCCAGUGCUCCACCCUCAACUACACACAAGCAGCUAUGAUGGGCCUCACAGGGAGCAGUCUGCACCAGUCCCAGCCGUUGGGCUACGGUAGCCAUGGCAACAUCCCAAACAUCAUCCUCACAGUGACAGGCGAGUCUCCACCCAGCCUCUCUAAGGAGUUAACCAACUCACUGGCCGGCGUCGGAGAUGUCAGCUUCGACGCGGACUCUCCGUUCCCAUUGGACGAGCUGAAGAUCGACCCCCUCACCCUGGACGGACUGCACAUGCUCAAUGACCCCGACAUGGUUCUGGCCGACACUGCCACUGAGGACACGUUCAGGAUGGAUAGGCUGUAAUACAGAAUGCUGUCAGUGGCCAACGACAAAAAAGAACCCUAGGAAGAAAGGGAAACCAGGCAUGGCCAUUCAGCUAUUCAACCUCGCACUCACCCUCAAGUCCUUUGAAAUGAUGAGCCACCAAAACCCAUUGUGGAGAAGGACAUGCAAAGACUUGUUAAGGUCAGGAAUGGAAUUGUUGUAAUUUCCAAUGAGAUUGUUGGUUAGUGCUUUGCUAGCUUGCUGCGUUAACUAUCUCUAAUUUCUUACCAUAUAUCCCACAGUGUUACACUUGAUAAAAGAUUGUAUAUCUCCUUUUUAUUUAGUUUUUUAUUUUUCUACAAAUCUACAUGCAUUUAAAAAGCGAAAAGCCACUAGGAAGGUGAGCUGCACCAUAACUAUUAUAAUUCCUUACCAACCAUAUACGCUUUAUACUUCACACUCAAAGCUUUAUUUUUAUUGACAACCAAAUGUUAAUGUUUGCGUUAUGCGUAUGAUGGAUUUUUAUUUAUUUAAAUAUUUAUUACUUCAGUUGAAUGUUUUUUUGUUGCAUUUCAAAAUGUGUGAGUUUGAAGCCAAUGUCUCUGCUCUAACUGUAUUGUGCAAACUACAUUGAUUAUGGAUCUAUUCAUUUAAGUUACAUAUUUAUGUAUUAAGCUGCUCUGUUAAACUUAAGGAGCACAAAUCCUCCCCAUGUUUGCUCUUACGGUUGCCGGUUGCAACGACAUCUCACUAGAUAUAAUCAGAUAAGGCCUCUUAAAAUAUAGGGUAGGAUCUGCAAUUGUGUUUUCAUCACUUACAUGGGCCCGCAAUCGUUGGGUUUCAUCUUGUGCCAAUGCUGUUUUUAAAUGUAUCUUAACUAAUGAAAAACAUAUUCAACAGAUGCUUAUAAGCUUAAGCAAAUGUGACAAUGUAAACAUGGAAAAUGCAAAUACCCAAACUAGAUGGCCAUAAUUCUCCUUUGCAUGUAUAUCCAGAUUGAAUGCCUCCUGAAAAUCUGAAGGAUACAAACUCCUCAGAAACCUGUUGAACUUGUCACUGUGAGAUCACCUGAUUUUGCCUUACAUAUUGAGUAUUGUACUGUUUUUAAGUGUAACUAAUGUGACAGUGUAUUUUCUUAACUUCUAACAUUUUCUUGUAUUUGAGAGGAAUUUUAAAUCCUAGUCAGUGACAAUAUUUGUGGUUAUGUAGUGUAAAGUUUGACAAAUCACUGUACUGUAUUUUGUACUGGUACACUUUCUAAAUGAGUUAUGGGUGUUUUGUAAAAAAAAAAAAAAAAGGAAAUGUUGAUUUCAAAUUUGUGAUGGAGAGUGCAAAUAUGGGGAGGCUUUCUUCUCCUUAAAGGGAAACUUACAAACACAAAUACAAUUAUUUUGGUAGACAAUUGUUAUGAUAAAAAAACAAUGUUACUUAGAAUUCAUAUUUGGUUCUUCCCUCCAGAUUAGGGUCUGGUAGAAAACUAUUUGAACCAUUCCAUUUUAUGCUCAUAGCUAAAUGAGUCCCACAACACAUGUAGAACUUUGCAAAAGAGGUUAAAAUGGGCAGAGUUUUCGUCUAUACGCUAACUUGUAGAGCUGAAAUACUUAAACUUUUUAUUUUACUCUAUCUUCCCCUCUGUUUCAUAUUCUGACAUUUCCGUUUUGAAAACUAAUAUAGCGAGAUGGAAGUAAGUGAAGAGCAACUUGGCUAAAUAGGAUGUUUCCUUAUAUGGGCUGAGAAUGUGUCAACCAUUUAGUGUCAAGUGUCAACCAUUUAUAAAGAACACAAUAUUACAUUUUUUUGUUUUUCUCUUAACAUUUGACAUUUUUAUACGGUAGCUAUGUUUGAUCAUGUUUCUACUGUACUGUGUGUGUGUAUAUACAGAAAAUGUUAAUGUUACUUUUUAACUAAAUCCCAAUGUGGGAAGAGGCAUAGUUCGCCAACUAUGAGUUAAUGAUAAGUACAAAUAUAUAUUUGAGAAAUAAUAUUUGAUUCUUACGCAAAUCGGAAAUGAGAAAUCAUACCAUUGCAUCACUAGAAUAUGUAGAAAUGCACCGUUCUACAAAAAACUGUUUAAGCCAAACUGCAAUACUCCAGUAUGCUACUUUCUUACAGUGCCAUCCAGAUUAAUUCGCUGCAAAUUAUUUUUAUUCAUUUUUGUUUCUGAACAUUUUCCAAAAUGUGCAUUCUGAUAUCCUGUACAUAGGCUAUAGCUGAAACAAAAUGACCGCAUGACAAAAAUGGAAGUGACCCUCAGAAAAAGGCCUUCAAAUCAAGUAUUUGGUCACACAUAUUUAGCAGAUGUUAUUGCGGGUGUAGCGAAAUGCUCAUUUUCUAUACAGUAUUGAUUUAAAUUGAGCUCUACAAUGUAGUAAAAACAGAAAACACCACAUAAAAAAUUAUGCAUGUGUCAGUUGUUCCUAAUGAUUCAUGUAAAUGGUUACUUUUCAGAUGACUGUGUUGCCUCCAUUUAUGCAUAAUGCUAGCGCAUUGCUGAAAUAGGAAUGUAUUUGUUUACGGUCUUGGAAUGUCUGUUUCAACAAAUGACAUAAGUCAAAAGCAUUUUUCUUGAAUAUCUCUUACUACCAUCCAUUUGUUGUUCAAUUGAAUUGGCUGUUAAUUGCUUUUGAACCUAGUUCUUCACUGUAGCACUUCACUGUGGGUUUUAAAUAGUUGUUCCUGUAAGGCGAACCUAUUAUGAAUCCCAUCUUCAUAACAGACAUUUUUUAAAGUGGUAGUUCACUCCAAAGAUCGAAGAUUUCAGCUCUCAUAGUUGUCUAAUGUUGAGAUGAAACCAUUUCAAAAAGAGGGUUGAGUUAAGGAGCCAACUUCUUUCAAAUUCUUAAUCAACUUUGAAUUUCCUGAUGCAGAAAAAGUUUUCUAGCCUAAUCAGAAACCGGCUUAAUUGCAGGAUAACCCAUAUCUUGAACGUGGAAAUUCACAUUGCGUUCUCCUCAAAUAAUCAAAUCAAAACGAUGGAUGUGGAUAAAAGCCAAAUAGUUGAUGUGAUUUAUAGCAUGCAUGUUGUAAUUAGUUUGAUGCAACUUUUUGUCUUCAAAUGACCACCCAAAUUACUGAGCUACAAGUGUGAACUGAAAGGGAAAAAUGAUGGAAUCAGAUGUUGUGCAUCUUUUCCAUUCCUUUAAGACUGAGGCAUACACUGAAUAGCUGGAGCUACAGAACAUUAGGCUUGGGCCAUGGACUCCCCUUGACAUUAGACCACAAUAUAACAUCUUUGGAGAAAUUUAGAUUUUGGAGUGAACUGUCACUUUACUGGCCUGGCAAGAGUGAAAACAAAAACAGUUUCACUAAAUAUGUCGCUUACAGUAGCGGUCAAACUUGCCACUGUUUACGAUCUUUAAAAAAUAAGUUGAAAUUGGAAAAACUAUUGGUUUUCAAGUGUAUUUGUUUGAUUUACAACCACAUGACCAAGAGAGAAAAUGAAAUUGAGACUUUUAACUUAAGUCAAAAAAUUGGUGGACUGAAUUAUUCAAAAUUCAAAUGAAUUUGGUUGGAGGCAAGUGAUUUCUCUUUUACUGUGUCAUUUUUCACCUGUGGUAAGUUGCAGGUGCCUACAGGGUAAAAAAUAAACAUUCAAACCAUUUUGAAAAGAGAACAUUCUGCUCCAUUGCACUCAAUUGUAAAGUGCCUAUAUAUUUGACUGUACUCUAUUUGCAGUAAAAUUUGACUGUCAAGAGAGCUUACUGUCAGUUGCAUGACAUGACAGAUGUUAUAAGUAGUCCCUACUGCUGAUACGGGUUUAUUGAAAAUGAUUCAGCACUAUCAUGUUAACUUCAGCAGUAUGUGUAUGACCUAUGGCUAGCUAGCUAACAUAAAUUGAGGCAUGUUUUGAAAUCAAUUCUAAACACAUAUCAGUUACUGUGACUGCAUACAGUAAGACAUAUUCUAUGUAAGGUUUAACAAACAUGUUUGUAUUGUAUGUGUUCGUUCUUAUUCUGUUGCUUUCUCACUUUAGUUAUGGUCACCUGCCUUGUGAACAGUGACUGUUCUGUCAAUGCUGACUGUUUUACCCCAAGUUUGAAGAAAGCGUAUAUUCUUUUAUUUUUGUAAAGCCGGUCAUUUUAAAUGUGACUUGCAUCUAUAUUCCUUAUUUUGGGAUGCAAAACCAGAAAGGGCUUAUUCCAAUGCAGCUUGUUUUCCCAACAUGUUAAAAAAAAGAAAUAGCACUCGAUGUAUUGUCGAUCAAUAUACCAUACUGCUCUGCAUAUGCAUGGGAAGUGGAAAUCUAAUAAGGUGAUGUGGACUCCUGUGUUGACAGUAGUAAUUGAAAUCAACUGACUGAAGUGAGAAUGUUAUCUUGAUUCUCACUAAGUAUACUGUCACUGCCUGAGGACCUGUCACCACAAAUUCCCUCAACUAAUAAGGUAAACAUUGAGCAAUUGCAAAGGAACUUAAUCUCAAGUCAAUUGUUACCCAUACUUUAAAUGCAUUAGUAUGAAUCCAUAUAAUUGCCUCCUCUAGGACCGUUGAUGUUGGAAAACCUAAAAUGACACUUUUGGAAAGUAUUUCCAGUUAGUAAUGUAAAGAAAAUCUCUUCUUGGUCAUCUUUAAGUGGAUAUCACAUAUUUAACCAUUGUCCUGUAAAUCAUAUUCUGAGAUGUAUUUUUUUGUUGCUAUGUGAAACUACGUAUGUGGCCCAUUUGUAAGAUGAAACUUGAAUGUGGGUGGCAUCUUUUUCCUGUACAUAGUCUCAAUAUCAAAUAAAAUUCAUUUUCACCAAGG